CCAGCGCGGGUCGACGAACCCAGGCUCCGCGCGUCGCCCUGGUGUUGACUUGCGGCCAUGCACGCCAAGCUGCCGAUCGCUGAAUUUCUGUUUGCAGGCCAGCCCCGUCGCCGCUGCCGUCGUGGUCGCUGUCGCUGUCGCAUCCACUCCCCCGCACGCCGCCCUCUCGAUGCUCGCCCGCAAGCUCGUGCAAGCCUCGUCAUGGCGUAGCCCCCCCGCCAGUCUGCGCUGUGCUGCACGCCGCCACCUGCCCGCGCCACAGCACCGCCGCCUGAACACCACCGGCCCGUUGUUGGAGAGGAGCAAGGCUGCACGGCGAAAGGGCCCCGACAAGACUCCCCCGCACAAGGGGAAGAAGGGCGUUUCAUCUACGUCAUCCCCCGACACGCAGGAUGCCGGCGACGAAGAGAAGGAUGUCGUGAGAAGGGUUGCAGGAAGGGACCAUAAAGAGGGUGCCAAAACCAAGGACGACCGAGAUGGGGGCCCGGGCAUCUCUCUCAAGGAGGCUCUGCUGGGAAAGACCAAGAAGGCGAGGGCGAGCAAUCUCCCCAUAAAAAUUCUCUCGCCAGAUGACCUGACCUUCGAGCCCGUCAACGUCGACAAGCCCCCCGUCCCCAUGCUGUCCUAUGGCCUCGACCGCGUGCUCUUCAACCCCGGUGUGUACCACCUGCAGGACCCUCGCUCGCGCGUAUACAACUUCGACCCCUACCUCGAGAAGAUCAUGCCAGUCAGCGAGUUCGACUUCGAGGCGCUGAGCGAAUACAAGACCUCAUCCAAGGAUGAAGAAUUGCUAGCCAUCACCAGGCGCUCGGGCACAAAGUUCACUGGCUCCACGUCCAGCAUGUCUGGCAUUCUGCAGCACUUCCACUACGCCCUUUCAGGCUUCAGGAAGCUCAAUCACGAAAUGUUGUCUCGCACGUACCCCGACCCCUCGAACAAAUUCUCCAAAAUCACGACAGGCCCAAGCGCCGUCUUUCUGCGAUACAAGGAUGGCAUAUACGCUCUGGACGCCGACAAGUCGUACGACACACCCAACAUCAUGAGCUGGCUCGGACAUUCUCUCGAGAAGCUCUUGACGACAGACCGAGGCGAGUUUGAGCGCUUCCGCAGAUCUAGCCCGGAAAAGGCACCAUCCGAAGACAACUCCGCUAGAUGCUAUCACUACUCGAGGCAAGGCAACUUCUUGAUGAGAUCUCAACUAGACGCACAUGAUCCUCGCCUUCCUGGGAGUGGCGUAUUCGAUCUGAAGACAAGAGCUGUCGUUUCCAUCCGCAUGAACCACAAAGAGUACGAAGAAGGGCUGGGCUACCAACUCCGCUUCGCCCAAGGCCAGUGGGAGUCUUUCGAACGAGAAUUCUACGACAUGACCCGAGCGACCCUGCUCAAGUACUCGCUGCAAGUUCGCAUGGGUCGCAUGGACGGUAUCUUCUUGGCUUAUCACAAUAUCGAGCGCAUCUUCGGAUUCCAAUAUCUGAGCAUAGCGGAUAUGGAUAGGGUGCUCCAUGGCCAAGAAGACACGUGUUUGGGUGACCAGGAAUUCAAGCUCUCCAUUUCACUGCUGGACGAGCUGAUGGAGAAGGCCACCAAGGAAUUCCCAGAAACAUCCAUCCGAUUGCACUUUGAGUCACGCGACACCAAGACUCCAUUCAUGUACGUUUUCGCUGAGCCAGUCACUGAAGAGCAAGCGGACGAGAUUCAGAGUACCGGAGAAGCUGUCCAGAAAGAGUUUGCGCGGAACGUUGUAGGUGUGGGGAAGGACAACCCAGAGGUCCAGGCAGCCUGGCAAAACAUCCAGGACCAGGUCGAUGAGCAAGUUGACGAGGACAAGAGGGGAAUCCCGGCCGACAAGGCUCAGGAGGGUGAAGCGGAUGUCGAAGUGACCGAGGAUGCCGAAACUGCGGCCACAGAAGAGGGUACGAGUGAAGCCGACGAGGUGAAGGAAGAUGAGGGGGCGGAUGAGGUUGACGAAGGGCUUGUAGUUGAGGAGGAGACUGAAGUUGACGAAGGGCUUGUAGUUGAGGAGGAGAUUGAAGUUGAAGAGGCCACCGAGACUUCCGACGCCGAGGAAACGGAUGAAACCACCGAGAGCACCCCAGCGCCUGAACCAGAGGAAAAGGGACCACUCAUCGGUUGGACAUUGACAGUCCGCAGCAAGGUCAACGACGGAUACGUAGACCGACCGCAAGCCCUAACCCCGGACGACAACUGGUCAAUCGAGUACCACAUACAAGAGAUAGAACCAAGCACACGAUGGAGGCUGUAUGACGCACUCAAGAAGCGACGACACCAGCUCGUCGGCUUGACUGACCAGGAGGCUGCCCAGAGUCUCAUCCAUUACCGUAACUUGAUCAACGAGUACAGCGUCCGUGGACGCAAGUGGAGAGACACACAGGACAAGAUCGACAAGGAGAAGGGCGUGCGGCUGUUCAGGCCUCUGGGGCCUGGUUCCGACGCUGCGCAAGAGGCGUCGGUAUCUGAUGGGUCGACAGAGCAGAAGGAGACGGUUUCUGCAAGCAAGGAGUCGUGAUGGUAAUGACUAGACGAGGGAAAUGCUGUUGAAAUACUGUAAAACACACUGUACAUUCUAAAAUAGACUUGACGAGGGCAACGAUUGUAAGAUUUAUGGCAUGGAAAGGG